AUGCUCGAAACCCCCGACGACGGCUUGCGACCCCCUUCGCAGGCCCCUAUCACCACAAGUCUAGCCAUGAAUACCUCGCCUGCAUUCGAAGUCGUGCGCGAACUCGCAAAGGUCCCCAUGGACGUGCCUCUCGAAGAGACCGACAAGUCUCUGAUGAACACAGAGCUUACACUCGAGUAUGGUAAGAAGUUGAAGAACAGCAGGGUCAUCCACCAGGAAAUCUUGUGCUGCCACAGCAGCGGUGCGGCCCGUGUUUUCAAAGAGUCGCAACCACUGCGAAAUUCUUAUGCAGUGGCGGACAAGUUGCGCAAGGACCUCAAGGAUCUCGUCUCCCCGUGCGUGAGCAAAGAGGAAUUUGACCAGGAGCACCUCGAGAACAAGGCGGUUCCUCUCAUUGCAAAGAUUCAUGGAGAAUAUCCACUCAAGUCAUAUCAGCAACGUAUUCAAAAGACCAUUGACGCUGUUAUCGUCGAAGAAGUGGGCAAGCGACACGUAGUCAUGACUGGAUCAAAGGUGGCGUUCGCCAAAAAAGAUCUAAAGGAUUUGGGCAUAAAUCUACGUCUCGAGGCUCUGCAAGCCAAAGGUGUCAUGGAAGUCGCGCAGCGUCUUUCGUCCGUUUUACGCGAAGUCAAGCAUCAUGAAAGAGAGGCCGCGAAGACCAGUACGCAGAAGGCGGCAGCACAACGACGGUUGCUCUUCCCAGAUGCUGAGCACCGCGUGAAAUGCCUGGAGAAACUUGCAGCUGACACCAAUAUCAUGAUUGAGGAAGCUUUCCGCCUAGGCAUGUCGCUACAAGAACUGCUCGAAUCCGAGCCUGUCGCAGGGGACGACCAGACCACAUCGCCAGCUCAAAAUGUGGUACAGGUGGUCUUUGAACACGUUCUCAGGGAGCCUAAAGCUCCUAAAAAGCUCGUAGACCUCGUCACGUAUACUCUGGCGGACCGACUCGACCCAGGCCUGUGGGAGACCCUUGCUCCCCGAAUAAACCAUGGUACAUUACGCCAAAUCAUGGCCAUCAUCCUGGUACGACGUCAAGCCAAGACCGAAGACGUCGAGUGUCUUCGCCUCAAGUCAGAAAGCGAGCCUACAGGAGAUGAGCUUAUGCUGAAUGCGCCCACCGAGAACACCACAAUCGCAGGUUAA